UAUACUGCUACCGUUAUCAAAUGUCUGACCCUCGGAGCGACAGGUAUAUAAGUGGGAGACUUUAAAGUAGGAAUCAGCAGUGGCAGUGUUGGUGUCAUCCAGAUAUGACCACCUCCACAGUUCUUGUUGUCCUCGCCCUGGUGGCAGGGGCUGCCACAGCACCGUAUGAAGGAGAUGCAGCCGUAUGCUCCAGGGAAUGUCCCAUCGCAGGCUCUCCCAAACUCUUCUACCAAGAAGGAAAGACCUACACCUACAAGUAUUCCGGGAAUUCAAAGAUCCAGCUGAAGGGCACGGAAGGUGCACUGUCAGAGACGAAAUGGUCCAAGCGAGUUGAACUGUCAUGGAUCAGUCCCUGUGACAUGGUCAUCUCCUUAAAGGAAACGAAUGUGGAUGGAUCUAGGGCCCCAGACGCUGCCAGAUUCCUGGAGAGGUACCCACUGGUGGUGGCUGUGAGCGAUGGCAAAGUCCAGCAUGUGUGUAGUCAUCCUGACGACGAUACCUGGUCCGUCAACAUUAAAAAAGGCGUCGCCUCAGUCUUCCAGAAUUCCCUCCCAUCAAAUUCCACAGUUAAUUCAGGACGAAAUAUUACUGAGAUGGAUGUAGUAGGGAAGUGUCCAACGAGGUAUGAAGUAGAGAAUCAUGGAGACAGCGUUAUUAUGUGGAAGGAGAAGAAUCACCGACUGUGCAAGGAAAGUUACCCCACCCCUGCUGAGACCCAGGUUCCCUGGCUCAGAGGUCCUCUGCCUCUGGAAGAGUCUAAGAGUAAGUGUAAACAAGAAAUUAGAGAUGGAAUCUACUCCACCAUCACUUGUGAGGAUAAGAAAGUAGUCCGGCCCAGUUAUGGAUUCUAUCAGUAUGUUGAAGCCAAACAGGAGUCAACCCUGAAAUAUCUAUCCGAAUCCAGUGAGCGUUCACCUAAUAUUCCUCAAGGUAACAUGAUCCGCAAGAGUCUCAAGUAUGACUAUGAUACACCUAAGAAAGACCCGUCCAUGGUAGCCCAGUUGGAUCAGCUCAUGGGGCAGGUCUGUGAGAGGACCAGAGAUAUUGUUGAACGUGAUGCUGCUGCUUUGGUAGCCAGGGCAGCACAGCUGUUGCGUAUGGUGCCCGAAGAGGUAGUGGAACAAACCUUGGAAAAAAUUCGCAGUGGCCAAUACUGUCAAGAUCCAAAGAAGCUGGAAGAACUUUUCUUGGAUGCUGUUAGCUUCGUCCACGAGUCUGGUGCAGUAAAAGUUAUGGUGAAGGAGCUGGUGAGCGAACGUUCCACAAGUAGUCGUGUUGUCCUCUACACUACUGCUUUCUACCUCCUUCCUCGUCCAUGUAUCCACGCCAUGAUGGCGUUAAAACCAUUGUUUGAAUCCACCCGGCCUCUAGCAAUGCCCACUCUGGCUGCUGCUUCUAUGGUAAAUACUUAUUGUCGUCACAAUCAUAACUGUCAUGAGCAAGCACCGGUCAGAAGCCUAGUUGAAGCUCUAGGCAAUAAACUAAGAAGACAGUGUUCCGCUUCUAACGACGAACAUACUGUAAAAGCUGCCCUAACAACACUCAAGGCUCUGGGUAACAUGGGUGUGAUGACCCAAGAGGUCACCACAUCUGUCCUCAGGUGUAUGGAGACUGAAGGAGUUGAGAAGAGGAUCCGUGUGGCUGCGGCACAAGCCUUCAGACAAACAAAAUGUCAUAGCUCUCCAACCGAACAACUAGUCAAUAUAGCUGUGAGUCCUACCAAAGACACAGAAGUGCGCAUUGCUUCUUAUCUUAUGGCGGUUCGAUGUGCCACGAAGAAAGAUUUUGAAAAAAUUGUUAGCAAAAUUUCCUUUGAACAAAACACACAGGUUCGUGGGUUCAUAUUGAGUCACCUAUUGAAUCUUCAAGAAACCAAAGUACCGCACAAGGAACACCUCAGAUACAAUUUGACGAAUGUUCUUCUUCCAAGAGAUUUUAAGCAAGACAUCACAAAAUAUUCUCGCAAUAUAGACCUGUCUUAUUUCUCCCCAUAUCUGGGAAUUGGUGCUGGCCUGGAGUCCAACAUCAUCUACGCUCCAGGAUCCUUCAUCCCUCGAUCUAUUGACUUCAACCUCACUGCUGCUUUAGAGGGAAUCUCAAUGAACAUAGGCGAGGUUGGUGCACGAUUUGAAGGCCUAGAUCCAUUUAUUGAGAAACUGUUUGGCCCAGAAAGUUACUUCCAGAAAGCUAGUUAUAAACAAAUAUUCAGUGAAAUGACAUCAUUGUUUCAUGAAAAGAAAAACAAAUUCCUAGAACAUUUCCAUGGAGACUUCAAACAUAAAAGAUCAAUUGAUAUGUCUACAUUGUCCAACUUCUUCCAUAAUCUCUACAGUGAUGAAUCAAGAUUAGCCAAGGCUGAUGUUUUUGCUCGCUUUAUGGGCCAGGAGAUAAGUUUUGCCUCAUUAGCUGGAGACUUGACGGACAUCAGUGCUGACAGAUUUAUAGAAGCCUUUUUCUCUUACUUCAAUGACAUCGUCGAUCAAAUGAAGCACUUAAACAUCAAUUCUGCCAGAACUGCUCAAUUGCACUUGGACUAUUAUUUCCCCACCAUCCAGGGCACUCCAUUCAAGCUUAAGAUGGACGGAACAGCUGUUUUAGGAAUGCAGAUUGAGGGAAAUCUCAACCUUGUAAAUAUGAUAGCUAACUGGAAAAAAGGUGAAAGUAUCUUGAAGCUUGUUCCCAGUUUGUCUGUGGAGGUUGAUGGCUUCGUUGGUUAUGACUGUCAUAUCUCUAAGACAGGCCUCGAAAUGAAAAAUACGAUCUCCAGUAGCAAUGGUGUCUCCUUUAUGGUGAGACCAAAGAACAAUAAUGAACUAGAACUUGAACUGGACAUCCCAGCCAAGAUGGACUUCAUUGAUAUAGAGAGUAAAAUUCACUUUAUAAAAGAGGUAAAAGGAAAACCUAAAACAACUGUCUCAGUUUCACCAUCAAGUGAGGACGAAGUCACACAUCAGUCUUGUUCCAACUCACUUGAGUCAGGUAUUGGUAUUAAACUUUGCUACAAAUUCAAUUUCUUCGACAUACUCCGUAGCAACAGUUUCCUACAGGGUACGCCAUUUGUUGCAAAGUUAUUCUUGGAGAAAGUUGAUCCCUCAGUGAAAGGAUAUAUCGUGAAAACAGCAAUUCAGGGCGACAGCAACAGAAAAUUGAUUAAAAUGAAGCUAGAAGUGCCUGGAGCCACUACUGCAAGGGACGUUGAAACCGUUGUGUCCUAUACCAAAGAAGAAGAUUCCUACAAGAUUUCAGCAGAGCUGGGAUUCUCUGACGUUAGCAGCAAGUUCGGUGCCCACUUUACCAACAAGGUAAACCAGAAAGGUGUCCAAGCUUUUGCUAAAUACAAGUCUAGUGAUACAGAAAUAUUCCACGCAAUAAAAGCAGAUAUUAUGGCCAGGUCAACAACAGAGGACAUGGAAUACCACGUAACAAUGUACGUCAGCAGAAGCGAAGAUUUCUCCCCUCAGUCUCAAGUCAUCGAGUGGAAAUUUAGCAAGAAAAAUAAUGGCCCUGAAAUAUCACUGGAUAUUUUAGCAAAGACAAAGAAUGCAUGGAAAAGUUACAUUGACCUGAACCUAGAGGGUGGAGUGGACCUGAGGUACGCUUCACACUCCCGCGUGCCUCUACCAAGAAAGCUACGCAAAUUUGAGUUCCACACCGGCUUGGGAGGCUGGAAGGUCAUAUCAUUUGUCCGUCAGACAUCAGAGUCUGGCGACAAGGUUGAAUUUUCUUCUGCCUUCAAGAUAGCUCGCAGGAAUGAAGACUUUAUCUCUCUUGAGGCCACCCACACUACACAAGGAAGACUCUACACGGACUUUGUUUGCAAGACAACAGCUAAAGUGAAAAUGGGCCGCGCUGAGUACAAAGCAGCUUCCAGUAUCUACUAUGAACAUGGGAAGAAGGGAGUAUCUUUACAAGUAAUUCGUUCUGAAGAUAAUGUGAAGGUGGCUGACCUUGAAGCUACCCGAGUUUGCACUAUACAGUCGUGCAGAAUUUAUGCUGCGAUGGACAUGCCGGACUACAUGAAAGUCCUCAAGUUUGAGUGCAAGGAAGAAGAGCAGGGGCCAGGUCGCUACGUGGUUGAGGCUGCAAUCCAACACGGAGAUCUAGUCAUAUUUCAAGCUGAAGGACCAGUCACCGCCAAGAUCUCAUCAGACUCUGCCAAACUUCAAACUGAUAUUAGAUUUAUUACCAUAAGCAGACAGCCAUUCAAAUUAUCUUCCAAUUUUGUGUUUGCUAAAAACAAACAAGUUUUGUCAUUGGAACUUAUUAAACAACGAGAGCCAGUCUUUGUGGCUGAAUGGAACAUAAAAUCUGGUUCCUCUCAAGGAACUACUAUUGGAAUUAAGUUCCAACUGCCAGCCUUGGUAGAUAAGAAACUUGAUGCCAUUAUCAGCAAUAAGCUAAUCCAUGUUAGUUUCGACACUCAAUUUUUACCGAAGAGUUCGGCCCCUCGUAGAAUAAAAGCGUUUACUGACAUUGACUUCGAAAACAAGAAGUGGAUGGCUGACUUCGCCUGGGAUGCUGAUCGUGACCAAAGUAAAAAGAUCAUUCUUGACACUAACGUGAUUAGCAACCCAUCCAACCCAGGAAGAGUCUCCAUCCAUGGCAAUGUCAAGUGCAUGAAUGAGAUGUACCACGUCAAACUUGAUAUAGAGGCAGAAAAUCUACGACAAUACCGCUAUGGAGAGAAUGGCUUCAACCUGGAGCUAACGUCACCACAGAGGAGCUUGGAAUGGAAGUUAAACACCAACGUUGAAUCCAGGUCCGCAAAAGUAGAUAUGAAUCUUCAAUGCAAGUUCCAGGAUGACAGGGAAUACAGAUUGACAAGUGUUGUGGAUAUUGAAAAGCUUGGUAGUCCAUACAGCUACAAGCUGGAGUCUGAGAUGAGCUUCACAUCACCAGGAGGACAGGAGACUACAGUUCACGCUGAGGCGAAACACCAAGUUACUUCAGAGGAACGUGAAAUAUAUUAUAAGGCAAGUGUAAGGACUCCUGCUUUGAGAAGACCUCUUGUGCUGGAGAUGUCAUCAGUUAGCCAAGAGUUAUCCUACAGUUUGAAAGCCCUGACGGAGAGGGACUCCCCUGCCACCAUGAUCAAUUGGGAAAUGAAACUUUAUCCUGAAGGAGGAGUUGAAAAGUUUGUGUCAUCCGUGGAUAUGAAUGCUCUUCGUGAUUUCCUCAAGUCCGCUCUUGAGAUUGUUGCCAUAGAAGGUGAGGAAUAUUCUCCGGAAGUGGAAAAUAUGGAAAAGGCAAAUAUGGAUUCCACUACCACAAGCCUACACCAUCCUCCUACUCUAUGAAAAUUGAGUCUCCAUCCCGCACUCUGGAGGGUGAAGCUGAGUAUUCUCCUUCAAGGUCAAGUUUCAAGUUCUAUCCUGACAGUGACAAAAGUGAGGCCAAAUAUGAAAUCACUGGAGAAUUCUUCACACAACUACUGGGAUUUAGUAUCGAAGUACGAAGGCCGAUUGAGUCACCCAGGUGUCCAAGGAUAUCAGAGUUAAGGUUGAACAUUCAUACAGUGGACAGACCAUGCGAGGCUCACUAGAGCUGGACAUCUUCCCCGACACAGAAGAUAAAAUUACAGGCACGCUAAAGUCAACCAUGAUCGCCAACAACACUGUCAGAAUUGAAGCAUCACUAACUACCAGGAUACUGAGAGUGCACCCCAAAGUCACCGUAAUGGCAGCUUAUUCUCAAAAUACGACUGGCAUUGAUGUGCAGUUCCAGAAGUCUCCCUCUUCACCUGUAUCCUUCCAAGUGUCGGCCCUGUACGACCGAAUUUUCACUGGAGAUGCAACAAUGACUUUCCGUGUGAUUAACGAGGAAGACGCUGUGGUGGACAUAGCUGGUGUGA